AUGUCUUCUCCUUCUGUCGUUUUAGAUCUCGGUACAUUUAUGUGCAAUAUUGGCUUUGCAGGUGAAGAGGAGCCAAAAAUUUCAUUCCACACCGAAGAUGUUGCAGACGGUGCUUUCAAGAAUAGAGUCAUUGUAGACUUAGAAAAGUGGAAGCAACUUGUAUCGUAUUGUUACAAGGCUCUUAAUGUUGAGCCAUCUGCACAACCACUUUUCCUUGUUGACUCUACGACCUUUAAUUUGGAGAAAAGAAAAGCAGUGGCCAAAUACUUAUUCGAAGAUCUUAAAAUCCCAUCAUUGUUCAUUGCAUCUUCAUUCACAUAUGCAGGAUUCUUAAUCCAAAAGACAAACUGCCUUAUCGUUGAUAUGGGUGAGGCAGCCACUGAGAUCUGUGCAUUCUGUGAGGACAAUGUUAAUAGAGCCACAUUGUUAAGAUCAGCUGUAACAGGCCGCACCAUUUCUGAAUACCUUGCAAGGAUCUUAAACUGCAAUGAUCACAAGACAAUUUGGAAUGUCAAAUCGAACCUCCUCGAGUGCCCACACUUCGCAGAAAUUGAUGCUAAAAUGGAAGAAGCAGUCACCAACAGAGUCAAUUACAAUGGCAUCAAUUUCGGACCUGAAAGAGUAAUCGCAAGUACAGCAUACUUGCGCCCAUUCUUCCUUGAGAUCGAUAGCGACGGAUUGGCUGUUGAUAUCAAAGAAGUCAUUGUUAAAUGCCCGAUCAAUUUCAGAAAAGAUAUGUGGACACACGUUGUCUUAAUCGGAGGAUCAGCACAAAUCAAGGGAUUCGCUACUGCAUUACAAGAGGCCCUUGUUGAGCUUGCUCCCGAAGCAGUCAAACCAGAAGUUCACGUAUCUGUAGCAGAGAAGCCACAAAUUGCAAGCUGGAUCGGUGCUUCUGCAUAUGCUGCUGCUAAGCCAAAUGCUGCUGUCUUGAAGUCCGAUUAUGAUACUGAAGGAGAAAAAAUCGUCCAGGAUCAUUUAAUGAAUUAA